UACAAAAGAGAGAAACAGCUUCGAAAAGCUGCCCUGAAGCUCCGUAGAAGUACUUCUCUCCUCUGUUCUUUUUCUUCUUUGAGAGAGAGAGAGAGAGUCUCUCUCUUCUCUCUUGGUCUUGGACAGUGUACCAUACGCAAAUAUACACAUAUACAUAUAUACGGGCACAUACACAUGUUAUAUAUAUACGCACACAAAAAUAUACACCUCUUAAUACUCACAGAGACCCUCAAGCUGGCAUGGGCCACUGUCAGAGCAGAGGUAAAAGGGAGAAAAGAAAGCAAAAAAAAAAACCUGUAUUCAUGACCUCAGGAGGUUUCAUGAAUGGGCUUUAGAGGUCGCUCAUGGAAAUGGGUUCGAGCUCAAUGACCGAGUCAGGGGGCUCUUCGUCUUCCUCGCCGCCCAACUCGUCUACUGAGUCACUAAACGGCUUGAAAUUCGGCCAGAAAAUUUACUUUGAGGAUGUGGGUAUUGGAGCUACACCCAAAUCCGGUGCUGGGUCGUCCUCGUCUUCCGGAGCCACCCCGCCCAAGAAGGUUAGGGGCAGUCCUGUUCAGUCGGGCCAACCGCCCCGGUGCCAAGUUGAGGGGUGUAAAGUAGAUCUAAGUGACGCCAAAGCUUAUUACUCUAGGCACAAGGUCUGUGGCAUGCAUUCUAAGUCACCUAAGGUCGUCGUUAAUGGUCUUGAACAAAGGUUUUGUCAACAGUGUAGCAGAUUUCAUCAGCUUCCAGAAUUUGACCAAGGAAAGAGAAGUUGUCGUAGGCGCCUAGCUGGACAUAAUGAGCGUCGGAGGAAGCCACCGCCUGGAUCAUUACUGUCUACACGUUAUGAGAACAGCGGCAGAGUUGGCAGCUUUCUAAUGGACUUCUCAGCAUACCCCAGGCUUGGUGGAAGAGAUGCCUGGCCAACUGCAAGAAUAUCAGAGCGGAUGCCAGGAAAUCAAAGUGCUAUUCCUACUGGAAAGUAUGUUCCAUAUCCAUGGCAGAGCAACUCUGAUAAUUCUUCAUCCAACCUAUACCUGCAGACUUCAGCCUGCGGAACGAGUAUCCCAGCUAGUCAUGGAAUUCCUCCGCCUCCGGGAGAAUGCAUCUCAGUAGUCGCGGACUCAAGCUGUGCUCUCUCUCUUCUGUCAAACCAACCAUGGGGCUCUAGAAACCGAUCAUCACCUGGCCUUGGGCUGCAUUCCUUGAUGAACACCCAAGGGACACCUGUGGCUGAACCAACAACAGCUUCUCAUGGUGGAACUGUCAAUCACUUCUCAAACAAUUCUUGGGGCAUAAAGGGUGAUAUGGCUGGUAGCAGUUCACACCAGAUCCUUCCUGAUCUUGGCCUCGGUCAGUUCUCGCAGCCCCUCACAGGUCAGUACUCUGGUGAGCUCGAGCUGUCUCAACAGGGUAGGAGGCCAUAUAUGGAAUCUGAACACUCGAGGGAUUAUGAUUCCUCCAGUCAGCACAUGCACUGGUCACUCUGAGGUCCAGUCUAUUUUUCAUGGUUCUAAUGCACUGGUCACUCUGAGGUCCAGUCUAUUUUUCAUGGUUCUAAUGAGAACUGAAGUCUCUUUCGAAGAAUUAGUAAGUUGAAAACAUUUGCAAGUAAACUUCUGCCCGUCUCUUGGGCAAAAUUUCAAAACUGACUUGGUUUGUGUGGUUGUUGUGGAUUAAGCGUGUAAAAACGCUGGGUUUCAAUGCGUGUUAUCCUUUUGUUUCAACUAAUCUAAUAUUUUGGAUUCUGUGGUUA